AGUUGCUGGGAACAGCCAAGAGGGUCAAUGUUAACUUCCAGGACACAGACGGGUUGUCUCCUCUGCACCAUGCUGCUCUGAGCGGCAACAAGGAGCUGAUCUCUCUGCUGUUGGAGGCUCAGGCCACAGUGGACAUUAAGGACCAGAACGGUAUGCGUCCACUGCACUACGCGGCGUGGCAGGGGAAGACUGAGCCAAUGAAAAUGCUCCUGAAGGCGGGAUCAUCAGUCAACAUUCAAUCAGACGAGGGCCAGAUCCCACUGCACCUAUCAGCACAGCAUGGACAUUACGACGGGUCUGAGAUGUUGCUGCAGCACCAGUCUAAUCCGUGUAUCUCCGACACGGCCGGUAAGACUCCUCUGGACCUGGCCUGUGAAUUUGGACGAGUGGGGGUGGUCCAGCUGCUCCUCAGUAGUAAUGUCUGUGCAGCGAUGAUCGAGCCGAAGCCGUCGAACCCCAACGGCGUCUCUCCUCUUCACCUGGCCGCCAAGAACGGACACAUCGAUGUCAUACGUCUGCUGAUCCAAGCAGGUAUAGACAUCAACAGACAGUCAGAGUCGGGGACGGCGCUGCAUCAGGCAGCUCUCUGUGGAAAGACUGAGGUGGUGAGACUGCUGUUGGAUAGUGGCAUCAGUGCUGGGGUGAGGAACACUCUGUGUCAGACGGCUCUGGACAUCGUUAACCAGUUCACCGCCACACAGGCCAGCAGAGAGAUUAAACAGCUGCUGAGAGAUGCGUCAGCUGCGAUGCAGGUCAGAGCUCUGACAGAGUACUGCAACAACUACGACCUGACGAGCCUCAACAUCAAGACUGGAGACAUCAUCACGGUUCUGGAGCAGCAUUCUGACGGCCGGUGGAAGGGUUGUAUCCAUGACAACCGGACAGGAAAUGACCGCGUCGGCUACUUCCCCUCCAGCAUGGUGGAGGUGAUCAGCAAGAGGCCAGGUUCUCGGGGCUCUGAGUCCAGUCCCCACGGCUCUCCCACACUUGGCCAGCAGGGCGGCUCCAGCGAGGAUGUCUGGGUUCUCCGGAAGCCCCUCGCAGGUGGUGACCGUAGCAGCAGUGUGGGUAGUCUGGGUAGCGUUCGUUCCCUCGGCAGCGUCCAGAGUUCUGGAAAUACACAACACGCCCUGAAUACGCCUCCUCCGCCUGCCACAGCACACGCUACUAACACGCCAGCUAGCAGCCUGAACACACAUGGCCUCAACGCUCCCGGGCUCCACGCGCAGUCGGAGGGAGUCAAGCUCCUAGCCACAGUGAUGUCCCAGUCAAUAAAGGCAAAGGAGCAUCUGUUGGAGCAGUCCAAGUCUGUGGAGCAGGCAGCAGCUGCUGGUAAGAGUCCAUCUGGUUGUCCUCCUCAAGAACAACGCUCCUUUGAUCGCAAGGCAGAGGCAGAUGUGAAGAGUGAGGCGGUAGUGACCUGGUUGACUGAGUGUCAGCUGCAGUUCUACACCACUCACCUCCUCACCGCUGGCUAUGACCUAGACACCAUAGGCCACAUGACCCCCGAGGACCUGACAGCAAUCGGUGUAACUAAACCAGGCCAUCGUAAGAAGAUGACAUCAGAGAUCAGCAAACUGCCGUCUGGUGACUGGCUACCUGACCACAAACCAGCCAGCCUGGCAGAGUGGUUGUCAGCGAUUGGGCUGAACCAGUACUACCAGGUUCUGGUGCAAAAUGGAUAUGACAACAUCGACUUCAUCACUGAGAUCAGCUGGGAGGACCUGAAGGAGAUUGGCAUCACCAAGCUGGGCCACCAAAAGAAGAUGAUGUUAGCAGUGAGGAGACUGGGGAAGUUCCAGAGAGGAGAGAGUAUCUCUCAGCCUUCUACCCCUCCUUCUGGCUCCACCCCUCCUUCCUCCUCCAUUCCUCCCCCCUCUACCCCACUCCCCUCCACUGGGAGGGGUCAGAGGCCCCCCCUCACUAAACCCCGGCCAGGGAUUGAGUCCCCAACACACACACCCUCCCCACCUCACACUCCCACCAAGACCCACAAGGCUCGAGCCCACCCCUCCACCCAGCCCCCGCCAGCUGAUUCGCCAGUCCAAGAAGGGGGUGUGUCUGUUCCUUUACUCUGUCUGCCAAUGGAGGAGGAGCAUCGGCGAACUCACAGCCUGAUUGGCUACUCGGGGUACGAAGCCGAUGCCCUCUCGGUUACAGACUUCGCCCCUAGAUACGCCACGGUCUGCCGCAGCAGCUCGGCUCAACGCUCCGACCCCAAUGACGCAACUGUCAACCGCAGCCAAUCAUCAGUCACGCUGCGGCCCAGGAGGAAAGGCCGGCCCCCGACUCCGCCCAAACGGUCGUGUUCCUCCAUCUCUGGGGGCGACGGGCUGGGGGAGGGGCUGGGGGUAGUAGGGAUCAGGGAGAGGAGAGCCAGCGACUGUGGAGGGCUGGCGGAG